AUGUUUGUAACGGUGGAUGAUCGUCUUAGACAACAUGGAAGCUUUGGCAUUCCGUCUGGUGGUUGGGGCAAUCAACGAACAGCAAGAAAGAUUGAUGGAGAAGAUGAAGGGUUGACAGCUGUUGAAGAAGAUCCAACAACAAGCACGAGAAGAUUAGCGUCUGCUGUUAGGAUUAGCCAAUUAUCGGUUUGGAGAAUUUUGAACAACCAGCUGCUUUACCCCUAUCAUGUUCAACGAGUUCAGGCUCUUUCUGAGCAUGACUAUCUCAACAGACAACGUUUUUGUGAACAAAUAAGAGGCCAGGAGUCUGAGGUAGGCGCUCUGCUGCAGCACAGCUUCUUCAGCUUCCUCAGCAACCACGUGCUGAGGUUCAGUUUACCGGAAGGUCUGUCAGUGACGUCAGGAGGACGAGCGCUAGGCGACUCCUUCGAGAUCAACCUUGGCCGUGCCUAUGAGGAAGCACGUGGUAAAAAGAAGAAGCAAAUGAUGAUGAUGGGCGCGAUGAUGAUGGCCAAGGCGGCGAUGCUGGGCAAGAUGAUGAUGUUGAUUAUCAAGUUCAAGGCCAUCAAGGCGCUGCUGCUGAGUAUCGUGGCCCUGGCGUUGGCGAAGAUACAGCUGUUCAAGUCACUCAAGAACAGCGGCGGAGGUAAGGGGGGUGGCAAGGAGACCUACAUCAUUAUAAAGGCAGGCAAGGGUGGCGGCGGACACGGCAGUCCCCCGAGUGGAGGCGGCGGAUGGUCUGACAGCAGCGGAGGCAUUGGAGGCGGCGGGGGCGGCUGGAGCAGCGGAGGAGGAGGUGGUGGAUGGCAAGCUGACAGUGGAGGUGGAGGUGGUUGGAGCAGCGGCGGCGGUGGCGGUGGAGGUGGAGGUGGCGGCUGGUCCAGUGGAGGCGGCGGUGGCGGCGGCGGGGGCAGCAGUGGUUGGUCUGGAGGCGGCGGUGGCAGUGGUGGUUGGGGUCGUAACUACGACGCCAGCUGGCUUGCCUACAGAGCACAUGCGCAGAACAAGACUGACACAUAA